AAAAUAUACAUCGUAAAUAAACAAGAUUCCCGCAGUAGUCAGACCGUUAUUCGACCUUCUAACAUUUAUAUAAUAGUGCCCCGAAUGAAAAUCAUUAAUAAGAACUAAGGGCAAUUUUAAAUAUUCACUACUCGGGUAUCAUCUGUAAGUUUAUGGUGUUAUUUUAACAACUGUAUUCUUAUUCUAGAAAGUAUAAAAUUGGAUGAAAUAAAAUUUAAUUGUGUAUAAUUAUUGCAAUUUGAUUGUUUCAAAUCAAUUCUUACAAAAAGUAAGUUUUAUAACAUAUGUAUAAGAUUCUGUGAGCAUUGGAAAGAAAAUGCAAUUCGUAUAUAAGACCAGGAUUCUUCAAAGAACUUUAAAUUACUCUCGAAUCUCCCAAUUAUUCAUUUCCAAUUCAUGCCCUUGUACUGGGUUAUUGGUACAUAAAGGUUGCAUCUUACCUCAAAAAGUACAAAAAUAUGAUGUAACGAAAUUUCCAAUGAUAAAUUUUUCAACAUCCACAGAGCUCAAUGGAGCAAUAGCAUCCGUUAAAAAGAAACUUUCUGAUUUUAUGUCAGCUUCAUCGAAAGCCAAAUUGGGUGCAUGUAUAGCAUAUGAAAAGUGCGCUGACACAAUCGAUUAUCCUGAAUUCUUUAAAUACUUUGACUUGCCUGAUACUUUUCAAUCAUGGUUUCUGAUUGUGCAGUUGCAUGUUUGGAUGUGUACACUUAUUGCAAUUACAGAGAAAAGUGGCCUAGUUUUCCGAACUCAUAUAGUUGAUGCCAUGUGGGUUGAUGUUGAAACACGUUUGGGCCAUUUGAAGGAAGUUCGACGAUCUUAUAGGAAGCAGUUUCUUGCUGAAAUAACUGAUCAAUUUCGUGCAUCACAGAUUGCAUAUGAUGAAGGUGUGCUUUGUGAUGAUACAGUACUUGCAUCUGCAGUUUGGCGGACAAUUUUUGGAUUCCGCAACAUGGAUCCAAGAGUUUUGGAGGCCAUGGUAUUUUACAUUCGAAAGCAGAUUGAUCAUUUAGACCAUCAGAAUUCAGAAGAAAUUUUGUUUAAAGGAGCUGUUGAAUUUUUACCUUUAAAAUCUGUUAUUGAUAAAAUGAAUACACUAUAGAUCUUGUUGGAAUAAAAUGUUACUAGAUCAUUGUGAUUUAUUUAUUUGGAUUAAAUUAUUGUUCGAAUAUUUUACCAUGUAUACUUUUGCUACUGUUCCACUCAGAACUUGUGUAAUAAAUGUAUGCAUCUAAAAUUCUAAAAAUUUAGUGUGGAGAAUAAAAGUUGUAGAAAGGUUCA